GAAAGCGGAAGUGGUUGGUCCGCCAUAAUCAUUCGUGUGGGUCUGUGCUUGUGUGGUUUGGUUGUCUUUACCGGUGCCAACCAUUAUUUUUAAUUAGUAGUAAGUUAUGCGUAUGAAUCCAGACAUGGACGAUGAUGAGAAGGGACCCAGAAAACUGUUCGUCGGUGGUCUGUCAUGGGAGACGUCUCAGGAGAACUUGCAGCGUUACUUUUCGCGGUAUGGUGAUGUCAUCGACUGCGUCGUGAUGAAGAACAGCGAGUCGGGCCGCUCUAGGGGCUUCGGUUUCGUCACCUUUGCUGAACCGGCGCUUGUCAACGUUGUGCUGCAGAAUGGGCCCCAUCAGCUUGAUGGCAGGACCAUUGACCCGAAACCGUGCAACCCUCGCACACUGCAGAAGCCAAAGCGUGGCGGCGGAUACCCGAAGGUGUUCCUCGGUGGGCUUCCAUCUAACGUUACCGAGACCGACUUGCGAGUGUUCUUCGGCCGCUACGGCAAGGUCAUGGAAGUCGUCAUCAUGUACGACCAGGAGAAGAAGAAGUCUAGAGGCUUCGGUUUCCUGUCGUUUGAAGAUGAAAUCUCUGUUGAGAGAGUCACCCAAGAGCAUUUCAUCAAUCUGAACGGCAAGCAGGUGGAGAUCAAGCGUGCCGAGCCUCGCGACGGCUCGGGCAAGCUCGGGUCGGGCGCCAGCGGCAUGGGCGGCGGAGCCCUCAGCGCACCCGGCGACGCGCCGCAGGCCGGCCAGUGGGGGCCGCCCGCCGCCGCGCCCAUCAACAUGAUCCAGGGCCAUAACGGCCAGAUGGGUGGCCCGCCCAUCAAUAUGCCGAUGGCUGGCCCCAACAUCAUGCAGGGGUACCAGGGCUGGGGCACGUCCCCCGGGCAGACGUCGUACGCGGGCUACGGCGCGGCGGGCGCGGGCGCGGGCCCGGGCAACUACCAGGGCUGGGGCGCGCCCCCCGCCCCGCAGGCGCCGCCGCACGCGCCCGCCUGGCCCGCCACCAACAACUACACGCAGCACACGCAGCCGCCCGCGCAGGGCUACGGCAGCUACGCUAACUACAGCUCUGCGCCGGCGGGCGCGUCGGCCGGCGGCAGCUGGACCAACUGGAACAUGCCGCAGAACUCCAACUCUACCGGCUCCGGUUCGUACGUGCCGCUGUCGGAGGGCGGCGAGAUGUACGGGCGCGGCGGCGCGGGAGGCGCGGGCGCGGGCGGCCCCGCGCUCACGGGCGCGCUGUCGUCCGCGGCGCUGAGCAAGUCCUCGUCUGCCGACUACUCCACGUACCAGCAGUACCCGCCCGCCUACCAGCAGGACCAGUUGGUCGAUCAGGGCCCACAAGAGUGGCUCCUCCAGAAAGACAAUUAGAGAUAAGGGCGGGUAUCGGAUGAGGGAAUGUCGCGAAACACUGGUUUCUCACUAUGGACGGUCGGUUGUUGCGACGAUAACGCGCGCUCAUCAUUAAGGCAUCGCACCGCACUAGAUAUAAGCUUACCCUUUAGUUCCGUUCGAUAUUCAUAUAUAAUAUUGCAUUUUGUAGCCGUGCGAGAUGAUUCAAUCGCCUUGUUUCAUCUCUACACUUGUAAAUUGGCAUUUAAAGUACAAAUUAGUAAAAUUUGGAUUUUUUCAUAUUGUUACAGGUUCAUUAAUAGUUAAUUUUAUCGAUAAAAAUAAUAUUAAGAGCUGUACUUUAAGUGUUCAGAGAUGAGAGUUCGUCUAUUCUGUUAAAUGUAAUCAGAGUACAUUAUUUACAAAAUUAUGUUAUACUUAAAAUGUCAUGGAGCAUUUGCGAAUGCGGCCCAAGGUUUUUAGUAAUAAUCCAAUAGUUAUAUCAGCAUGUACCUUACCAUCUCAUAGUGCCCUCAAAAUAUGCUCCAUGACGGCUAACGGACGCACCGCAGCCGAAGCCUCGGCUCAGUUUAGACUCGAGAAAGCUAUAUUUUUAUACCGAGUAGAGCACGUAGAUCUCAGUACACGCUAGGCUUCAGCUCGAUGCGUCCGCUGCAGCUGGGCUAACGUGUGCGGGACUGGUAGGGCUCGUCGUACGGCGGCGGCGCGUCGCGGUACGGCGCCGCCACCGAGUACCACGCCUCCGCGCCGCCCGGCGCGCAGCCGCCAGGUGUGCACCAUCCGCAUCACGCGCCCAAACACUUCAACGCCAACGAGUUUAACAAGGAGUGGCCCGCCGCGUAGGCAACCACACACCACACGUCACACACGCCACACACACUACAUGCACACACAUACUGGGAGAACGGUACCAAAUGGAGUCGCGGAUACAAACAUAACAUCAUCGUGACAAUCGCCUGUCAGCUCGCAAAACCAUCAUUUCUCAACUAAUUCUUAUACCCUCUCUUGUCAAACAUAAUUUUAGGGAUAAUAUGCGUGUUAGUACUCCAUUUGUUUCCUUCUCUGUGCACUUACACGACCGCAGUGUGGUUAACUACAGUCGUAUCACUCACAUGUUGAUACACAAUAUUCUUUUCUAUAAGGUAUGUAGAGGUAGGUAGAGUGAUUUCUGUAGUUUGUUACGCUGCGAUAGACGCACACGCAGUCGUUGAUACGCCUUCUAGUACGCACUUGUAUUAGUAGCAUUUAGUACCUUGGAAGCUUGUGUGACACAAAUGGAUCGUGUUAAAUAAUGGUAGUGGUAGGCAAAUAAUCGCUUGACAUAUUCACAAAGCGAGUGCGUACUUGAAGGUUCACUAAUCAUUUCAAUGGUUGCAUUCGAUCGACUCCAUCUAUCGAUUCUAAGUCGACGACAUAUAACGACUAAAAAUAAUAGGAAUAGUUAGUUUUAACCGUUUUGAUAAAGUAUAUGCUCCACAUAAAACUGACGCGACAAUUUAAUAUACCUCUGUAAAACUUCCCAUUAAGAUAUAGAUUUGUAGUUUUGUGUUUUUGGAUUUCACGAACCAAACGAUAUAAUACGUGAAAACAAUAGCUUAUGAUAUACAAUGCAACAAAUUAAUAUUUAUAAUAACUGACUAAUGUUUAAUUGAUAAAUAAUUUAAAGCCUAUUUAGGCGACGUAAUUAAAGUCACCGACGACUACAUUAACACAAACCCACACGCGUAAGUAAGCGAUAAUAUUAAUAAAUAAAAAUAGUUUAACAAUAACAUUGGAACUAUUAGGUGUUAAAACUCUUUGUCUACUAAUUUAAUAAGGUACUCCCACAUUUUCUCGCAACCUUUGGCAUUCGGCCGUCUCUGAACGCUAUUUAUGAACGAAUGAUAUUAAAACACUCGAUAAGGCACCAAUUGGUGUACGCAUAUCGCGGCUCUGACAUGAAAUGACCGGAAGUUUUCGCGACCCCUCUUCUAAAGCUAAACGAUGCUGUCAUUUGCGUGUACAACGGGUGUACACAAUUUUAUUAACUUUGCUUUUAAUAUUCUAUUUGGAUGUGGGUUUUUUGUGAACGAUUUAUUUUUACUUCACACAUUUCGAAUGUUUUCAUAUUUUUUGUCGGAUUUACUAAAGUGAUUUCUUUUAAUAAUGUCGUGUACGUGUAUUGUCGUAUGGGAUCCGAGUGUUCCGUGGCAUCCCGCAGUCCGGUAGAGGAAGGCGCGCCGUCGCGUCGCCCGCUCGUCGCUGCUCGCUCGCGUGACGCACAUUUGACAGACACUGUUAAACAAGGCCAAUUUAGGGAAAAUGACCUAAAAGAACUUAACUUAAGCUAAUAACUUGUAUAAAUAUUUGGUAUAUAUAUCGGUAUGUAUGUUUAAUGUUAGAAUUUUGGUUAUUUACCACACACUAGACUUAGGAAAACGGUAGGCAUGUAAUGAGAUAAUUAUGUGUUAAUAUUAAACAAAACAUAGUGACUGAUCGUGAUUUUAAUAUUUUUAAUUAUUCCCAUUUUUAAAAAGGGAACAAUUCUGUAUAAAUAUUCGUAAUUUUAAUUUGUUUUCUUAUACGCAUUUUAGUUUUUUAUCGCAAUUUUUAAGUUGAUACUAUUAUUAUAUGGAAUUUAUACUUUAAUAAAUAAAAUUUACCUGCCAAAUUGUUAAACGAGCAAACGAUAUUGUCGUAUGUGUUAAGUAAUGAAGCUCAAGCAUUUAGGAUAUAGAGUUCGGUACGUGAUAUCGCCGCAUGCGUCGCUCGCGCCGGCGCAGCUGCGUGACGCACCCCUCGCGCCCUCACCAUACAUUUGUACAUAUAUAUACUUACUUGUGUGUAAAGCAUAAUUUUAAUCGAUUCUCUCGUCACAUAGUUUUAAAGUUUUAAUUUAUGUGAUUGCCAAAUAUUUUUAAAACUGUAUAGAGCUUUCGACGGCCGUUACGGCUGGUAUGUUAGUCGUAUCAUAAUUGUACCCGACGCGGUCUCUCGUCGCGCGGCCGCUCUGCCCCGUUACAAAGUGAGUUAUAAUUUAAAAUAACAUUGUUAGAUUAAAUUUAAUGUUAGUCCUUUACUGUACUAUAUCGCUCAAUCGUUUGACCGAUCGACUGAUUAAAAUUUUAGUGAUAAGCUAAGUAAUUAAUCGCGGGGCAGAGGGGCGACCGCGCGGCGGUCGGCCCAGCGCUCGCGCGCCGCGUCUGACCAUUAUUUGUUGUAAUUAUCUUAGAGUUUACGGACCUACUGAUAGACUGCCCGACGCCCAAGGACGGGAGUUGUUCCUUUAAGUUUAAAUAAUAGAACCGCGCCGCUCCGCGCACGAUAAGAUUUGUUAAUAAAUGUUUUAAAUAGACGAAUUGUUGAUGAUUACAUUGAAUGCAUAAUUUGAUCGUUUAGAAUAGGGUUAUUUAAGAUCGCUCCAUAAGUAAAGUAUAAUUUAUCUAUUGAGGAAUAUUGUGAGGUGUAAGCAAAUUUUAUAAGUGACUAGCGGUACGGGGCGAGGGGUGCGAUGUCCCAAAUUUAACGGUAAAAAAUAGUGAAGAAGCCUUUUACAAUGUGAUGAUCAUAGAUAACGCGCAUACAUUUCUUAUAGCUCUUAAAAUAAUAUAACAUACAGACUCGACUGAGACUCUUCAGUAUGUAGGAAAGUGAAACUCGUACCUUAUAACAAUAUAAUGAAAUAAUAUAAACUAAUCGACGUCGGUGCCUGACUGCCCAUUAGGUUACGUGUACAUGUGCUGCUUUGUGCCGCUUCGUUUUCUCUUCGUUCCUAUGUUAGGUUAAUUUGUCUCGAUUCAUUCCUGGUUAUCUUUCUCAACAUGGGUAGUGGUUCGUUCGUUCGUUUCGGUCUCGCCGUUUUGUAUCGCUUUUACUAUUUGCAUUUGUUCGCAGUAACCUGCCUCGCUGGCUCCCCGAUCCCGGCUCGGUUCAUUGUCAUUUGUUACUAGGUUCGCGCGUCCCCUCGCACAUGUUCAGUUUGCAUAAUACCAUUAUGUUCCAUUGUUUGGGUUAAUGAUAAAAAAUACUUACUGUAGGUUUAAUGUACAACCACCGAUGAUAAGAACGAAAUUGUUCACAUCUGUUUUAAUAUUAGGAAACGAUGCCUUACAAAAAAGUUAAGUGAAUAUAGAGAUGAUUUAUAAUUAUGUUAUUUUCAGUGAUAACAAUUAGCACUAAGGUGUUUAGACACGGGUUCUGCCCCGCACUCACAAACCUUUGGAACAAUUUAAGAACUUAGUUUAUAAUGAACCAACGUGGCAAUCUUCUUAUUAACAUAAAGAAUAUAAUUUAUUUAAAUAAAGUAUGAUAUGUAUUAGAAAUUUUAGAUUUACUCAACAUUAAACUUAGUGCAAAUUAUUGUGAAAAUCAAUUGAGACUAUUUAUAUGGGUUUUAAUUAUUAUUAUAUAGGAGAAGAGCAUUAAAUAUUGGAUGAAUUUAUUAAUUAAAAAUAGUUAGCAAAA